GCACACCGACACACACCAUGAGCACCUCGCAGCUGCCUCAGGGCGUCAAGAUCAACGGUCCCGUCGAGGGCCGCCACAAGGACAUCCUCACCCCCGCCGCCCUCGAGUUCCUCGCCGUCUUGCACCGCUCGUUCAACCCGACCCGCAAGCAGCUCCUCCACCGCCGCCAGCUCCUCCAGGCCCAGUUUGAUGCCGGUGCCCUCCCCGACUUCCUCGCCGAGACCGAGCACGUCCGCAACGACCCGACCUGGAAGGGCCCGCGGCCCAUGCCCGGCCUCGAGGACCGCCGCGUCGAGAUCACGGGCCCGGUCGACCGCAAGAUGGUCAUCAACGCGCUCAACUCGGGCGCAGCCACCUUCAUGGCUGACUUCGAGGACUCGAACUCGCCCACGUGGCUCAACAACAUGGACGGCCAGGUCAACAUGUACGACGCCGUGCGCCGCAAGAUCGCCUUCAAGGGCCCGAACGGCAAGGAGUACAAGCUCAACGACAAGAUCGCCACCCUCAUCGUCCGCGCUCGCGGCUGGCACCUCGACGAGCCCCACAUCACGGUCGACGGCCAGCCCAUGUCCGGCUCCAUCUUCGACUUUGGCCUGUUCUUCUUCCACAACGCCAAGGAGGCGCUCGCGCGUGGCUCGGGCCCCUACUUCUACCUGCCCAAGAUGGAGCACUACCUCGAGGCGCGCCUGUGGAACGACAUCUUCUGCAUGUCGCAGGACUACGUCGGCGUCCCGCGUGGCUCGAUCCGCGCGACGUGCCUCAUCGAGACGAUCACGGCCGCGUUCCAGAUGGACGAGUUCAUCUACGAGCUGCGCGAGCACUCGUCGGGCCUCAACUGCGGCCGGUGGGACUACAUCUUCUCGUUCAUCAAGAAGAUGCGCAUGCACCCGGACUUUGUCCUGCCGGACCGCAGCAACGUGACGAUGACGGUCCCGUUCAUGGACGCCUACGUGCGCCUCCUGAUCAAGACGUGCCACAAGCGCGGCGUCGCCGCCAUCGGCGGCAUGGCGGCCCAGAUCCCGAUCAAGAACGACGAGGCCAAGAACAACGCCGUCAUGGACAAGGUGCGCGCCGACAAGCAGCGCGAGUGCGACGCCGGCCACGACGGCACGUGGGUCGCCCACCCGGGCCUCGUCAAGAUCGCGCUCGACAUCUUCAACAAGGGCAUGCCCGGCCCGAACCAGUACCACAUUCGCCGCGAGGACGUGCACGUGACGGCGCUCGACCUGCUCAACACCAACGUGCCCGGCGGCAUCUCGGAGGACGGCGUGCGCGGCAACUGCAUGGCGCUCCUGCACUACUGCGCCAACUGGGUCGCCGGGCUCGGCUGCGUCCCCGUCGCCAACCUCAUGGAGGACGCCGCGACGGCCGAGAUCUCGCGCUCGCAGCUGUGGCACUGGGUCCGCCACGGCGCCAAGACGGUCGACGGCAAGCCCAUCACGCACGCCUACGUCGACAAGCUCAUCGACGAGGAGGCCGUCAAGACUAAGAAGAGCGGCCUCGACGACAAGCGCGUCGACCUGUGCGCCCGGUACCUCAAGAGCCAGAUCCGCGCCCAGGCCCUGUCCGACUUCCUCACGACCGACCUCACGCCCCACCUCGACGAGUACGCCGCGCCGACCCGCCCGGCCAAGCUCUGAGCGGCCCCCGCUCGGUCCCCCUCCCCCUCCCUCGUCUCUCUCGCCUCGUCAUUCUGUGUCACCCCCUCCCUCUCGCUUUGAGCCCUAGCCUCCUCGCGCCUGUACCUCUACCGUAGCUCUGCCUCAACAUGCCGUGCCCUGAAUCUGAAACUCGAGUGCCCUUCUCCUCGCUGU